CAAAAGAAAACGCCAAAAAUAUAUUUGUCUUUGCCAGUAACACCACACGUGUUUAUAUUCGUUUUACAAUAAUAAAUAAAUUUUAUUACAAUCAACUAAUUUAUUAUUGCCAAAAAUUAAAAGAUGGGUCGUACAAACCGUUCUCGUAAGCGUCGGGAUGAAAUGAACAAGAUUAAGAAAGCGCGUUACGAAGCAAAGGAACUAAUUCGUUUGAAAAAAACGUUGGGUCUUAUAGACGCUGAUGGAAAUGAAGUUAUGAAAGAUAUGUCAGAAGUAGCCACUGUAAAAACCGCUAAAGAAUUAAAACAAGAAAAGAAAACUCGUGAAGAACAAGAAUUGGAGCACGAGAUGGAAGAGCGUCGCGAGCCAGGCAAAAACUUUACAGAAGUGAACGAGAAUACUGGAAAAGUCCAUGUUUAUAAUAGCAAAACAAUGAAAGAUCAACAUGGUUCUUAUCCGCCUUGGUAUAAGCCAAAGACAACGGCCAAACGUAUGCGAAAGAAGGCACACGCGAUGAAGAAACGUUUUAAACAGACUUGGACAACUGCGAAUGUUCCGUUGUAAAAUAUUUAUUAUUUUCUAGUGUGUAGGAUAUCGUAUAAUAUAUAUAAAUAUGUAUUUUUUAUUUCACAGAAAGUAUGUAUUUAUGGACAUACAGAACAUUUGUAAAGAUAAUAAAAAGGUUUUAGAAAUAUUUUACAUAUAAA